AGUAUUUACAAAGCUUGUCAGAGUAGAAGUACUGAGCAUGGGUUGGUUUUCCCUCUUAGAUCAUAGCGAAUAAGAUUACUAAGGAAACGCUGAGAGCUACUCCACUCUCCCGAGAGGAUAAUGAAAAUGAAGAGGACGGCUACUGGCUGGCUGGUCUUGCUGGGCUACGUGUGUCUUGCUCAAGAAGAGGAGGUCUUGGGUUCUGUGGUGAACAUCUACACUGAACUGAAGGAGCUUAGGUCUUUGGUGGGAGAGCUGAGUACUAAGCUCCAUACAGCAGAGGCAGACCUGAAAGAGCAGAGAGCUAUGGUGGAUAAGCUGAAUAAAGAGAGAGAAGAGCAACCCAAGGUAGCCUUCUCAGCAGCCUUGCAGUCGUCAGAAAGUAAACACCAUGGGCCCAUCGAUGCAGAGACUAACCUCAUUUUCGGAAAGAUCCUGACCAACAUUGGCAGUGCAUACAACCCAAUCACAGGUGUCUUCACAGCGCCAGUGAGAGGGGUCUACUACUUCAGAUUUUCUGGAAAUGGCUUUGCAGGCCAUGACAUGGGUCUGAGCAUAUUCAAGGAAGGCCAAAGGAUGAUGUCUGUGUACGAAUACCAAUCCAGUGGAGAACAUAAUGACCAUGCGUCCAAUGGAGUCACACUGCAGUUGGAGAAGGGUGAAGGGGUCUACAUGCGCCUCUGGAUCAACACAUGGGUCUUCAUCGAUGGGCGAUAUGACUACUGCUCCUUCAGUGGCUUCCUGCUCUUUCCAAUGUGAAGCAGACAGCACAUUUUCCUCUGUCAUGAGAUAAAACCCGAUGCAGAAAAUAUAUAUAUAUAUAUAUAUAUAUAUAUAUAUAUAUAUAUAUAUAUAUAUCCUGUUUUGAAGAUGUUUAUAUCGGUCUGAUAAUACAGGACUAGUAAGGACGCAAUCGUCCCACCUGGCCAAUAGCCAGGGAAAAUGCAGAGCGCCAAAUUCAAAUAAAAUACUAUAAAAAACAAACUUUCAUGAAAUCACACAUGUAAGAUACCAAAUUAAAGCUACACGUGUUGUGAAUCCAGCCAACAUGUCACAUUUCAAAAAGGCUUUUCUGAGAAAGCAAACAAUGCUAUUAUCUGAGGGUAGCACCUCAGUAUACAAAGUGAGCGAACAUAUUUCAACCCUGCAGGUGCGACACAAAAAGCAGAAAUAAAAAUAUAAAUCAUG